CACCACUUGAACUUACUGAUCCAUUGUUCGAAAUUAAUUUUGACUAUAACUACCCUUACAUUACUACUAGUCGUUUAAACAUUCUCCUUGAUCGUUCUGAGUUCAUAUACCCACCUGAAUAUCUUGAUGAAUCUGAUAAUUCUUAUGAUCCCUUUCAAUUAUGA